AUGUACAAGAAGACUGAUUGGGGCUGCGUUCAUCAAGGCAAAUCGUAUUCCAACGGCGCCACCGUAGAAGCCGAAAAUCCGUGCCUCAACUGCACUUGCCAGAAUGCUCUGCUUCUGUGCACUUUACGCGUCUGUCCAACCCUUAUUCCUCCCCAACCGGGAUGCAUACCUACCAGGAACCCGAAAGAAUGCUGCCCCUCCUGGAUUUGUGGAAAGGAACUUAAAACUACUCCUGCUCCUGACGAUACUGUGGAACUGCGACCCACGUUCCAACCUGAAAUGGUGACACCAAUGGCAAACGACAGUACGCUCUUUAUUACAUCUGAAAUGCCGGACUUUGGCCAAGAUCUUCAGCCCAAUACCUCAAAAGGGUGUAUCGUGAAUGGCACAUUAUACGCAGAAGGAUCUGCCAUGUUGUCCAAAGCCUUUUGUGAAUACUGUUUCUGCAUCAAAGGAGAAACAAGAUGCUUGAAGCCCGAUUGCCAUCUUGAAAUCAAGGGAUGUACUCCACGGUUUGAGAAUGUCUAUAAUUGUUGCCCAUCGAGUUACGAUUGUGGUUCCCAUAAAACAGUAUACAAAGGUCAUAUUUUCCCCCGCAUCAAUGUGUUUCCGGAGACUACAACCGUCACGACUACACCAAGCACCAUCUAUGAUAGUGAUCCUGAAGACAUCCCACCGCCUACAACCAUUUCUUCACUUACAAACACCACCACCCCAGGAAAGUGCGUCGUGGACCCAAUGAUCUUCAACAUUGGUGACAAUGUACCGAACUUCCUAGCUUGUCAGAAUUGCUACUGCACGGAAUCCGGUGUAGUCUGUAAAGUGAUUGAAUGCUCGAACAAGUUGAAUGGCUGUGAACCUAUCAUUCCUUCUGACCACUGCUGCCCGGUUUCCUACAGAUGCCCGGAUGAUGAAGACGAUCACGGCACAGAAUUGAAUCUGAUACAUGGCAACAAUUAUCCGUCCAUAUCAAAAAUGACUGUAAGCAAAACUGCGGUAACACAAUCAAUGGAUAUUCUCAAGAAGGGUACGAACGAUUCAGAUAUGGCAUUGAGUGAAGAGCUAAAAUUGGUUUUUGAUAAUUCUUUUGUAGUUUAUGGAAAAAAUGACCAAGAACUUCCACGUGAAAAAGGAAACGUUAUUGAGAUCAAAACCGAAGUAACCACCCAAUCAGCAGAGAUUUCCGUAAAGCGUUCAGAUAAGAAUUUAAACACAUCACUGAAUGAAGCGUUACAGCAAGUAGAUGUUAACUCUCAUCCAGUUUAUGAGAAAAAUUAUAAAGAAGAACUAGGUGUUUCCAACAUUCCUCCACGUGAAGAUUUACAAUUUGACGAUGAUGAGGAAAUAAGCAUAAUGUCUGUAAAUACGAAAGAAAUGCUCUCUCUGGAUAAUUACACUCAAGAAACAGAAACUACUGUGGUCAUUCGCUCCGAAUCUAACCUGUUUUCAUUUUCUGACAACACAGAUAAUGAGGAAAGUGCCGUGACAACGCCAAUGAAUUUCUUCGGUGUCGGCGAAGAUGAAACUGAUGAAGAAGGAAGCAUUCUAACUGGUUCACCUGAAGUUCAUACGCUCGAAAUUACAGAUUUGCUGCGUCAAUUGCUUUCGCAAACUGCCAAUCUAUCUCAUUUUACCACUGAAAUGUCAUUUUCGGGGAAAAGAAAUAAUUCCAAGAAGCCUUCAAGUAUCAUGAAUGAAUUUCCAGCUCUCGGAAAAAACGACUCUCAUAACUGGUCGCAAGAGAACCACACUGGAGAAGAGGAAACAGCUAGUCGAUUGCCAGAAAACAAAUUUGAGUCUGUAGAGAAAAUAACACAGGAGAUGGCAAACAAUGAAUUUGUCACAAAACAACCAGUCCAAGAUUUAAAACAGACCACUUCACUGCUUACAACUCUAUUUCCGAACAUAGGAAAUAGUUUCGAGUCCACCAUGCGCUCAAUGCAAGAUGAAACUUCUCCAUAUUUCAACAUAAUUAAAAUGAUGCAAGGAAAUGAAGCGAUCCUACCUUUCAAAUCUAGUAUCAAUGAGCAAAGAGAUGUAAAUCCUGAAGAAAGAAGAACUGAUGUUUCUACACCUGCGGCUGAAAAACCGGUUUCUGAUUCAGACCCAACUGAAAUAAAAUCAUUAAAGUUUACAACACACUCUACAUCUACUAAGGUAAAUAUUAGUUCCAUUAAAAAGGAAGCUACCAAAGGCCCUCGAAUUCAGGAUCCACAUGAAAAAUUAAGUACCGCGCAAGGAUAUGACAUUAUUCCCUUCGUUGCUCAAGAUGCGAUGCGAGGACAGCAUGUUAAAGUGAACGGCAGUACAGUUGAUUCAGCCGGAAGUGAUCCUGACAUGAUUUCAGAUUUUUGUUUUGUUAACGGCCGUAUUUACACGAAAGGAGAGUUGAUAAUUACAGCAGAUCCCUGUGAUUUUUGUCGAUGUGUCUAUGGAAGAAAGAUAUGCACAAAGAAAGAUUGCCCGGUUCCACCAGGUUGCCAGCCAGAAAAAGUUCCAGGGUAUUGCUGUCCAAGAUUUACAUGUGGAAACGACAUGACACCUGAAAGUCAAGCAAAAAAUGUUACCAUGAAUAGCAUUCCUUCACCUUCAUUACCCACUCCAUAUCCGAGACUUCCUGAGAGAAUUAGACCUGUGAUUGCAGUUCAAGAGAAAACAACAUUGAAGUACGGAAGCAGAGUUCGCCCACGACCAACGCAAAUGUAUCCGGAAUCAAAAUCUACUGCUCGACCGACAACAAGAUUUUCUGAAUCCUCCUCGAUUACUCCUAAGUACGGAUACAGCACUGAGAGAACAAAUUCAUUUCCUCAUUUCGUGAAGGAGGUUGCCACAACAGAACCUGAUGUUGCACAAAGUACACGUGCCAACUCAUUUGAUUUUGUACGCUCGACCUAUCAGGCAUCAGAUUUCGAAAUUUCAUCUUCGGUAAGAAAUGCUGAUACUUCUAGCAAAAUCGCCAUUAAGACAACUACGCAGCAGGCUGAACUUCAAUUCGUGCCAGAUCCCUGGGGUCUUCUUAAAGUAUCAGGUUGCAAUAUCUAUGGAAAAUUUUUCAAGAUUAACGAUCAAGUAGAAAUUUUAAGCGGUCCAUGUAGCCAUUGCAUCUGUACAACAAAUGGAGUUGAAUGUAAUGAUAUAUGUUGAUACACUGUUAUCAGCAUGUAUCCUCUUCGCUCGUUUAUAGAGGUGCUCAAAAAAAAAACUUCAAAAGAAACAUCGCAGGCUUUCAUGGAUUGAAAUCAACAUAAGGUGUCAGGUAAUCAUGGGUUCAUUUGAAAUUUCAUCUGAUCAUUUCAGUAAUGAUGGGACUACAUUUUUAUGGAAGAUUAAUUUUGUGUGUGAAUUUUCAUUUGUGUAAAAAUUUUUGAUAAAUCUUUUUUUGAUUCAUCUCUUUGAAGAUUAAUUUUUGUGUAUUAAUGUUGGUGCAUUCCAGCGGAAAGGAUACUUUAUACAGAGAAAUCAAUGUAUUUUGGUUUGUCAGCAAAACAAUUACUUGUUUUCCUUUUCAAAAAUUGAUGUAUGUGCUCUUAUACACACUGUAGCUA